AAUAAGUCUAUCCAUUAAAUUUCCUUGCUACUAAAUAUUCCACGGUCAACUAUUAUUGAUAUUAAAACAAAGUGGAAGCAACUGGGAACAACAGCAACUCAGCCACGGAGUGAUAGGUCACGUAAAAUGACAGAGCGGGGUCAGUGCAUGCUAAAGCGCACAGUGUGGAGAAGGUGCCAACUGUCUGCAGAGUUAAUAGCUAAAGACCUCCAAACUUCAUGUUGUUUGUUUCAUAGAGCUUCAUGGAAUGGGUUUCCAUGGCCGAGCAGCUGCAACCAAGCCUUACAUCACCAAGUGGAAUGCAAAGCAGUGGUGUAAAGCACGCUGCCACUGGACUCUAG